AUGCGCCCUAGAGAAAGCUGCAUUAGUACGUCACCUCGAGCAUUUUCACCUGGAGUGUCAGUACAGCAGUUUAAUGCCAUCCCACCACCUCCAACCGGUACAGCGAUUGGCCAAACACAGGGAAUUGCACUUGUUGCUUCACCACAGCAAGUGCCUAACGAUGUUCUUGUUGGUGUAAUUAGACCUGCAAUUUCAUCUGCCGGUCGAGGACCUAUUGAACCCAUCCCACAACAACAGCUUCUUAAUAGUUUAUUAGGAUCAAAGAUAACAUUACGUGAAUUUGAUUCAAAUGGAUACAACGCAGAAGGAGGUGGUCCAGUUGACAUAGACGAAGCGUUGUCUUGUGAUUUCGAUUCUCGUCCUUGUUGCUGGGCUAAUGUUCCACCACCAGAUGACCAGCUUGAUUGGCACUUGGCUAAUGGUGCACCCGAUUCAACACAUUUUCAGAAUGCACCUGUUCCAAGUGGUAAUUAUUUGGUUACCUAUGCCAGCAGUUCAGCACCCUCAGACGAAGCGCAGUUUGCAUCAUGCGCUAUUGGCUGCGCAUCUUCCCCUAUUAUCGUAAGGGCAAGAUAUUGGCAGUCAGAAAAUCUUUUAUUGCAAGUAUGUCAACGAGAAUCAUUUCCAAACACUGUUAACUUUAAUCCCCUAUUAAAUUGUCAGGAAUUCCCACCUGCAAAUGGCCUUGGCUGGACCAAACUAGUUCUCCCAAAAGCUUCAUACACUGAUAUUGUAUUUGUGGCAAGUAACUUUGUCAGCGAACGGGGUGAUAUGGCAAUUCUGGAUGACAUCGAAGUAUUUUAUGAAAGCGAUGGGGAUGAUUGUGGAAUUGAACAGGAGGAACGAAAAGCACAAAUAGAUGAAAAAGCAGCAACAGCGGGUGUGAAAGAACCUGGUAUUGCAAAUGGAAUCGAUAUUUCACAUUCUGUUACAACACAAAUGGCAUUUGCGGAAGAGAAAUCAUUUAAUGAAAUUACAACAACUGAAACAAAAUCUCUAGCUGCAUCUGGAAUUAGUUCACUGCCUUCAGCUGUAUUGUCUUCGAGAACACAGUCUGGAUCUGGUGGCUCUGCUCUUUCGUUGUCACCUGAAAUAGCUCUAGUAGCAGCGUCUUCAGAGAGGGGUCAAGCAUUGGCAUCCAAGAUCACUACUCCUUCAUUAACCAUUUGCAAUGCAAUCAAAUGCUCAUUCGAAAAUCGAAAUAUGUGCAAUUACAAAGAGGCACAUCAAACGGAAUCAAUACGUGGUGUGACAACAAGUUUCCAAGUGGUCACUGGACAAUACAUGAAUAAAGUUACCGGGGUCAAAGAAGGAACUGAAGGCGAUUAUUAUGCAGCAACAUUUCUAUAUCCAAGAGAAAUGGCUGGAUUAGCAGUGGAUAUUGCCAACCUAAAAGAACCAGUUCGAUUACGAUUCCAGUAUUACGAAGGAACACAUGGCGUACAGCUUAAAGGUUGUUGCGAAAGUUUAGAACACUGCUUGUUCGCAUCUGAUAAAUUUGUCAGUGUGAGUGAUAGAACGUGGAAACUUACCGCAUUCAUCUGCCCAGCUGGUACCUCCAAGAUUUUAUUUGUCUGCGAAAAUACAAGGACAAAUCAGGGGGCUUGUGCAAUAGAUGAUAUUCAAAUGAUCGAGAAUGGUGCUGUGGAUUUGCGAACGGCAAGAACACUUUGCUAA